AUGCCAAAUCAGUAUUCGUUUGUAUUUUCUGCUUGCAAUCCACCUUACAAUCCACCUGAAUUAUGUGUAAAUAAUAUAUGCUCUUGUAAUCCGAAUACUGUUUGUAAGUAUCCUCAGCCUCCAAAUGGUCUCCCGCAAGGACAAUAUUGUGGUGGCGCUCCUAUUAUGAUAG